AGCAAGACCAUGCCGGACUGUCAGAUCCGAAUCGGGUUUGUGAUGGUGCUGAUGGUCUGUUGCUUGCUGUUGUUGGCAUCUGGUUCAGGGAAUGCACGCAUGUUCAGGAAGAGGGGGCUCAUCCAGAAGGACUACGAGUACCUCAACCAUCUCCAGGCCAUUCAGCACCAAAAGAACGACCGUUGCCCUCCGCCGCCUCAGAUGCUGCCUGAGCGGGCCUGUGAGGUGCCGGGCUGUCGGUCCGAUUCCGAAUGUGAGAGACACAAACGGUGUUGUUACAACGGCUGCAUUUACGCCUGCCUUGAGUCAGUGCAACCUCCGCCAGUACUGGACUGGUUGGUGCAGCCCAAGCCGCAGUGGCUGGGAGGAAAUGGCUGGCUUUUAGAUGGACCAGAGGAGGUUUUGCAGGCUGAGGCUUGCAGCACCACAGAGGAUGGAGAUGAACCUUUGCUCUGUCCCACUGGUUAUGAGUGCCAUAUAAUCAAUCUAGGCAACCCUUCCGCUGGGAUACCAAACCAAGGCCAAUGCAUCAAACAGCGAGGAAACUCAGAUGGACGUAGCCUGAGACACAAGUACUUCAAAGAUUACAAGGAUUAUUUAAGAAGCAACUCCAACAAUGCAGUGAGCUAUGAGAAAAAUCAACACAAGCACUCUGGCUGAGACAGAGGUGAGUUGAGU